AUGAUCCGCUACGGAUUAGCGCUCUACCUCUGCCUAGGUAUAGCUCAUGGAGCCUAUUUUUCUCAGUUUUCAAUGAGAGCUCCUGACCAUGAUCCUUGCCAUGAUCAUACCGGAAGACCAGUCCGAUGUGUUCCUGAGUUUAUCAAUGCCGCCUUUGGUAAACCAGUGAUUGCCAGUGACACUUGUGGAACUAACGGCCCAUCCAAAUUCUGUACUGUCAAAGAAGGUCCAGAUGGAAUUAUUCGUGAACAGUGUGACACUUGUGACGCUCGCAAUCCUCUUCUAUCCCAUCCAGCUUCUCUCCUCACCGAUUUGAACUCGAUUGGGAACAUGACGUGCUGGGUUUCCACUCCAAGUUUGAGCCCACAAAAUGUGUCACUCACCUUGUCACUCGGUAAAAAGUUCGAGCUCACUUACGUCUCAAUGCACUUUUGUUCUCGUCUCCCGGAUUCGAUGGCACUUUACAAAUCGGCCGACUUUGGAAAAACAUGGACUCCCUUCCAAUUUUACUCUUCUGAAUGCCGACGAAUUUUUGGCCGGGAACCGGAUGUUAGUAUCACCAAGUCAAACGAGCAAGAAGCCGUCUGUACAGCUUCACACAUUAUGGGGCCAGGUGGAAACCGUGUUGCGUUCCCAUUCCUGGAGAAUCGACCAUCUGCCCAAAACUUUGAGAACUCGCCGGUACUUCAGGAUUGGGUCACAGCCACUGAUAUCAAGGUGGUCUUCUCUAGACUAAGCCCAGAUCAGGCUGAACUAUACGGAUUGUCUAACGAUGUCAAUUCAUAUGGAAACGAUACCGACGACGAAGUCAAACAACGUUAUUUCUACUCAAUGGGAGAACUUGCAGUUGGUGGUCGCUGCAAAUGUAAUGGUCACGCCAGCCGAUGCAUCUUUGACAAAAUGGGCCGGUAUACAUGUGACUGCAAACAUAAUACAGCGGGAACCGAAUGCGAAAUGUGCAAACCGUUCCAUUACGAUCGUCCAUGGGGAAGAGCCACUGCCAACUCAGCCAACUCUUGCGUCGCUUGCAACUGCAACCAACACGCAAAGAGAUGCCGAUUCGACGCUGAGCUCUUCAGAUUGAGUGGAAACCGAUCGGGAGGUGUCUGCUUAAACUGUAGACACAACACAGCAGGAAGAAAUUGUCACUUGUGCAAACCUGGAUUCGUUAGAGACACUUCGCUACCAAUGACUCAUCGUAAAGCCUGUAAAUUUGCUUCAUCAACAACUUGUGAUGGUGCUCAACGAAGCACUUGCGGUUGUCACCCGGUCGGAUCCCUCGGAAAGAGUUGCAAUCAAUCAUCAGGACAAUGUGUGUGCAAACCUGGAGUCACUGGAACCACAUGCAACCGCUGUGCGAAGGGCUACCAACAGAGCCGUUCCACUGUCACUCCAUGUAUCAAAAUUCCGACGAAGGCAGAUUUCAUUGGAUCAUCGAAUUCAGGGGAGCAAGACCAGUGUUCAAAGUGCCGAAUUGUUCCGAAGAGACUUAACCAGAAGAAAUAUUGCAAGCGGGAUCAUGCUGCUCAGAUGGUUGUGGUUAGCCGCGAGAUGGUUGAUGGAUGGGCAAAGUACAAGAUCGUCAUCGAGUCUGUGUUCAAACGUGGAAACGAGAACAUUCAACGCGGCGAGACAUCUCUCUGGAUCUCCCCUCAAGGUGUCAUUUGCAAGUGUCCGAAGCUCCGCGUCGGACGUCGUUAUCUUCUCCUUGGCAAGAAUGAUUCGGAUCACGAGCGUGAUGGAUUGAUUGUCAACCCGCAAACUGUUUUGGUUGAGUGGGAAGACGAUAUAAUGGAUAAGGUUCUCCGCUUUUCAAAGAAGGACAAACUCGGACAGUGCCCAGAGAUUACUUCACACCGAUACUAA